GCAGGACUCUAGCUCCGGGGCUGGGUGGAGGGGAGUUAAGGGUUCGCACGUGCGCAAAGGCUCCCGCAGUUUUCCACCACCUUCGCUCCCCAGCAAAAGGACGCUCGGGGAGCGAGGUGGGGAGGGCGGCAGAGACCCCCUCCACGCCUCGUAACUGGAGCUGCCUGGUGCGCCGGGAAGGAUCUGGGCUGUGACCACUGAAGGAGAUAAUAACUUCGGAGGAGCCUGAGGAGACGGGACAGAAGAGGCCAGGGAGGCAGGAGGACGGAUCCUGUGCUGCACUAUGGAGCUGGCCGGCCGCUGACUGCCGAGAUCGAGCCCCCACCAUGGGCAACACGCAGGAGAGGCCAUCAGAGACGAUCGACCGCGAGCGGAAACGCCUGGUAGAGACGCUGCAGUCGGACUCGGGGCUGCUGCUGGAUGCGCUGCUGGCACGGGGCGUGCUCACCGGGCCCGAAUACGAGGCGUUGGACGCGCUGCCUGAUGCCGAGCGCAGGGUACGCCGCCUGCUGCUGCUGGUGCAAAGCAAGGGCGAAGCCGCCUGCCAGGAGCUGCUGAGCUGCGCCCAGCGAACCGUGCGCGCGCCCGACCCCGCCUGGGACUGGCAGCACGUGGGCACGGGCUACCGAGAACGAAGCUACGACCCUCCAUGCCCAAGCCACUGGACUCCUGAGGCAGCUGACUCAGGGACCGCAUGCCCCUGGCUGCCCAGAGCUUCAGAUUGCGAUGAGGCCCGGGGUCCUGAGGACUCCGAGGCAGCGCAAUCCGGAACCCUCGAGGAAACUGAGCCAGAGCUGGAAGCUGAGACCUCUGAAGGGGCUGAGCCGGAGUUGGAACCCCAAAUGGAUCCGGAACCAGAGCCAGGGACAGAACCAGAGCCAGAACUGGAGCCGGAGCCCGACCUAGAAGCUGGGGACGAAUCUGAAGAUUCCUGAAAGCCUUAACGCUGAUAGGCCGCUCCUCGCCCUAGCAGGAUGGGAUCUAGGAUCCUGCCCUGCUGGGGUCAGAUGCCACGAAGGCUCCAUCUGUCCCAGUACCACUGAAAGUGAAUAAACUCUGGAGGGUCAGCUUGGACUCUGUGAUUCUGGCUCUUUGCCCAGGAA